AUGGCCAUGUCCAAAGCCAUGAUCUGCCGGGGCUGCGAGGUCGGCAUCCUACCGGGCGACGUCAUCUUCCACUGCAAGCGGUGCAAGAGAGGCGGGCUCAGCUACUGCGAAUCGUGCUACGCCCCCAGCAGAGCAUGCGGCCACGGCAUGAAGCGAGUCAAGCUCGAAGACGACAAGCUUCCCGUGCGCGACAAGGACGGCAGCCUAGGACUAGGGCUCAAGUGCUACAAGUGCAAGACAAAGAUGGUGAAGAAGGAAAUUUGCUUCAAGUGUAACAGCUGUUGGGAUCCCGACCUCUGCGCGAGUUGCUGGCGGCAGCCGGGCAAGCGAUGCAAACACGCGGGCAAGGGAAAGGUGAAGAUGUGCAAGGUAGGGAGGAAAGGCGAUGACGAUGAGAUGGCGGAUGUGGUAGACGGCAUCAUAUCUGUGUUUAUUGGUUAA